AGCGCACCUUUUUCCAGUUCAAAAUCAAAACCCCGUGUUAUUAUUUGCGAAAAGAAAAAAAAUAAAAUUUAAAAGUCCCGUGUUUGCCAGCUGCUUGUUCUUCUGCACCAGCCAAUUGCCAAACAUGCAGAGUUGAUCCAACGGCCCAGAUCUCUCCUUCUCCCAACGCAAUUAUCGCUCCACUACCCCCAAAAAUAACACCCCAUUUCCCCUCAAACCUCUCUUCGCCAGAUCUCAAGAUCCAAUCCCAACUCCUCUUCCCCUCCCUCCCUCUCCCUCUCUCUCUCUCUCUGUGAACCCAAUCUCACAAGCUCACCAACAAUGGCGGCAACCACACCCUCGCCCCGUGAAGAGAACGUGUACAUGGCGAAGCUCGCGGAGCAAGCUGAGCGCUACGAGGAGAUGGUGGAGUUCGUCGAGAAGGUCUCGGCCUCCGCCGAAAAGGAGGAGCUGACCGUGGAGGAGCGCAACCUCCUCUCCGUCGCCUACAAGAACGUGAUCGGCGCUCGCCGGGCCUCCUGGCGCAUCAUCUCCUCCAUCGAGCAGAAGGAGGAGAGCCGCGGCAACGACGACCAUGUCGCCAUGAUCCGCGACUACCGAUCCAAGAUCGAGACCGAGCUCUCCAACAUCUGCGAUGGCAUUCUCAAGCUGCUCGACUCGCGGCUCAUCCCUUCCGCCUUCGCCGGCGACUCCAAGGUCUUCUACCUCAAGAUGAAGGGCGACUACCAUCGCUAUCUUGCUGAGUUCAAGACCGGCACCGAGCGCAAGGAGGCUGCUGAGAGCACUCUCUCAGCCUACAAAGCUGCUCAGGACAUUGCCAAUGCAGAACUGGCACCAACGCAUCCAAUCCGUCUGGGAUUGGCUCUCAACUUCUCUGUGUUCUACUAUGAGAUUCUGAACUCCCCUGAUCGCGCUUGCAAUCUCGCCAAACAGGCUUUUGAUGAGGCAAUCGCAGAGUUGGACACUCUCGGCGAGGAGUCAUACAAGGACAGCACUUUGAUAAUGCAACUUCUCCGUGACAACCUCACUCUGUGGACCUCUGACAUGCAGGAUGAUGGGGCGGAUGAGAUUAAAGAAGCAGCACCCAAGCCUGAGGAACCAAAGCAGUGAGCACCUUCCAUGGCUGCAAUUUAGGGUUGAACUUCUCCUCUAUAUGUUUUUAAUAGGAGAAGGUAACCCUGGCUAAUUCAAGUUCUAUUCCUAUUCUAGGCAUUCUUGUCUUCCCAAUUGAAUGGUUGACAAACUGGGUUUUUAUUUUUCAUUUAUCUUUUUAUUUUUCUCCUUUAAUUUUUUGCCUUUUAAGUAGUCUGUUUUCUCAAUUAUGUGUUUCUGAAUUGGAUAUUGAAGCUUUGUGUCUUUGUGUUGGGAAAAAACAUCUUGGCUCAAAUAUCCCAUCUGUUUGAUCUCAAAUUCUCAGUAUGCUUGAUUAAUAUCAGAUAUAGUUUUAUUUUCUCCUCAUUCUGGGUUGUGAUUUGUUGUUCGUGUAGACAAGUCUUAAUCAAUUUUUAUAAAGUUGCAUGUGACUUCA